AUGGAACACCCCCGGUCUCAACCAAACGUCGAUGCUAGGGUUAAUCCCUCCAAUCCAACAUCGGUGAAUGGUGGACCAGCUCAGGCUCAUUCCUGUGAGAAAAAGGGCUUGACAUUUGCCAACCAGGAUUCCUUGCCAAAGCUGCCUAUUCCUGACCUUGAGAGCACAUGCAAGAAAUACCUCGAAGCACUAUCAGCUUUGCAAACCCCACGAGAGCAGCAAGAAACGAAGGCUGCUGUUCAGGAAUUCCUCAAGACAGAUGGUCCUAUACUCCAGGAGAAGUUAAAAAAUUAUGCCUCGUCCAAAACGAGUUACAUUGAACAAUUCUGGUACGACUCUUACUUGAACUAUGACAAUCCUGUUGUCUUGAAUCUUAACCCCUUCUUUUUGCUGGAAGAUGAUCCCACGCCUGCCAGGAACAAUCAGGUGACUCGGGCGGCAUCACUCGUCGUAUCUGCUCUCUCCUUUGUUCGGGCUGUCAGGCGGGAGGAGCUUCCACCUGAUACGGUCCGAGGAACACCACUAUGCAUGUACCAAUACUCUCGACUGUUCGGAACUGCGCGUGUACCCACGGAAAAUGGGUGUAUGAUCAGCCAGGACCCGCACGCAAAACACAUAGUUGUUCUGUGCCGGGGUCAGUUCUACUGGUUUGAUGUUCUUGACGAUAAUAACGACUUGAUCAUGAGCGAAAAGGAUAUUGCGGUUAAUCUGCAGGUGAUCAUUGGCGACGCCGAACAAACGCCAGUACAGGAUGCCGCAAAGGGUGCACUUGGUGUUCUCAGCACGGAGAAUCGGAAGAUAUGGUCGGGUCUGAGAGAUAUCCUAACCAAGGAUGAGGGAUCCAAUAACUCGGAGUGUUUGAACACUGUCGACACAGCGUUGUUUGCUCUCUGUCUGGACGAUACGGAGCCGGAAAAUACGUCGCAGCUUUGCGCCAACAUGCUCUGUGGUACGAGUGAGGUCGUCAGAGGUGUCCAGGUUGGUACCUGUACCAACCGGUGGUACGACAAACUGCAAAUCAUUGUGUGCAAGAACGGAAGUGCUGGUAUCAACUUCGAACACACUGGUGUCGACGGCCACACGGUUCUGCGCUUCGCUAGCGACGUGUACACGGACACGAUCCUUCGUUUCGCUAAGACAAUCAACGGUCAAGCCCCGUCCCUCUGGGCAACUGCCAGCCCUGAUCCCUCAAAGCGUGACCCCCGGAGCUUUGGCAAUGUCAGCACAACACCGCGAAAGCUCGAGUGGGACAUGGUUCCCGAGUUGAGCAUUGCCUUGCGGUUUGCCGAGUCUCAUCUUGCCGAUCUCCUCCAGCAGCAUGAAUUUGCGGUUCUUGACUUCACAGGAUACGGCAAGAAUUUUAUCACCUCGAUGGGCUUCUCUCCGGAUGCCUUUGUGCAGAUGGCAUUUCAAGCCGCUUAUUACGGACUGUAUGGUCGCGUCGAGAACACUUACGAGCCAGCAAUGACCAAAUUCUUCUUGCAUGGGCGGACAGAAGCCAUCCGCACGGUCACCAAUGAAUGUUUCGACUUUGUGAAGACAUUUUGGGGCGACAACCCUGCAGAACAGAAAGUCAACGCUCUUCGCAAGGCGACCGAAAAGCACACCGCCAUCACCAAGGAAUGCUCCAAGGGGCAGGGUCAGGAUCGCCAUUUGUAUGCCUUGUACUCUGUUUGGCAAAGAUCGUUCGACGAGGACAGUCCGUCAGCGGGCAAUAGCGUUGAAGGUGGAUCCAACGGAUACUCGAGCCCUGUUGAGAACGGAUCGGCCAUCGAUUCUCCCAAAACGUCGUCCUCCAUGUCCGAGGAUGGCCUGUCCUCGAAUGGCUAUAGCUACCGCGGUAUUCGCACAGUGCCGCCCACUCCGGCCAUCUUCAGUGAUCCCGGCUGGGACAAAAUCAACAACACGAUCCUGUCAACGUCCAACUGCGGCAACCCGAGUCUGAGGCACUUCGGUUUUGGACCGACAUCUGCAGAUGGAUUUGGUAUCGGUUACAUCAUCAAAGACGAUUGUAUCUCGAUCUGUGCCUCGUCCAAGCACCGGCAGACUGCCCGAUUGAUGCAAACACUAGAGUCGUAUUUGUACGAGAUUCGGAAGCUGCUGCGCGCCACCAACCGUAAGGCGACCAGCCCCCGCACAAGCAGGGCACGCGAGAUGGAGAUGCUUGCCGAGCGGUUUCAAAACGAUAAUCGCCGGGGCCGGCUAGUCCGCCGCGACUCCGGUUCGAUGCAACGGGGCACGGAGACGCCAACUACGGACAGUGGCGAUAUGGAGGAUGAUGGCAUGGGUGGAUAUGGCUUCUUUGACUCGGGCAUGCUGCUUCACGCUCUUAAAGGGUUGAGUGUCGACCGAGAGCGAGCCGAUAAGCCUGCGAAACGUCGGUUCAUCGGAAAGAAGCUGCGGUUAAAUGAGAACUGA